CCUUUCUGUGUUUCAGUGCGGAGCAAGCGAUGGCUUCGAGCCGCCUCCAUUUCCUCCUCAGCAAGCCGCCUCCCGCCGCCGUCCUCCCCUCCUGUUUCUUCUCAUCCCUCUUCCCUUCCGCUUUUCACGCCUCCCUCCGGCGGCAUCGCUUCGCGCGUAGCUUCUCUGCUGCUCGUCGUCUCUUCUGCUCCAAAUCCGACCCUCCGCUUCAGAGCGAUUCAAGGGUUGGAGAGGCUGCCCCUUCGAUAGUCGGCGAUCUGUUGGAUUACCUGAACGAAUCUUGGACGCAGUUUCACGCCACUGCUGAAGCGAAGCGGCAGCUCAUUGCAGCUGGGUUCCGUUUGCUUAACGAGAAUGACGAAUGGGAUCUCCAGCCGGGUGGUCGGUACUUUUUCACUCGCAACAUGUCUUGCUUGGUGGCUUUCGCUGUCGGAGAGGAUUAUAAAGUAGGCAGUGGUUUUCAUGUUAUUGCUGCUCAUACUGAUAGCCCAUGUUUAAAACUCAAGCCUCGGUCUGCAUCAAGCAAGUCUGGUUACCUCAUGGUAAAUGUUCAGACUUAUGGUAGUGGCCUAUGGCAUACAUGGUUUGAUAGAGACCUAAGUGUUGCUGGAAGAGUUAUCCUGAAACACAACAGUGGUUCUUUUAUCCAUAAGCUUGUUAAAGUGAGGAAACCUCUGCUACGUGUACCAACCUUGGCCAUUCAUCUAGACAGAACAGUGAAUACUGAAGGUUUUAAACCUAACUUAGAAACUCAGCUUGUCCCACUUCUUUCAACAAAAGUUGAUGAGGCUGAAACAAAGUCCGAGGACAAGACUAAAGCAUCUUCUUCAAAAAAUAUCCAUCAUCCACUAUUGUUGCAGGUUUUAUCUGAAGAACUUGCUUGUGAUGCUAGUGAGAUAAUGGGUAUGGAGUUGAAUGUUUGUGAUACCCAGCCUAGUUGUCUUGGAGGUGGAAAUAACGAGUUUAUCUUCUCUGGAAGACUUGACAACCUUGCUUCAAGUUAUUGUGCACUGAGAUCUCUGAUAGAUUCAUGUCAAUCACCUAUUGACUUAGCAGAUGAGCAGGCCAUCCGAAUGAUUGCUUUGUUUGACAAUGAAGAGGUUGGAUCUAAUUCUUUGCAAGGGGCAGGUGCACCAACGAUGUUUCAAGCCAUGAGACGAAUUGUUGAUUGUUUAUCUCAAGAACGAAUGACGGAGGAUUCUUUUGAACGGACAUUACGUUCAUCUUUUCUUGUAUCUGCAGACAUGGCACAUGGCCUGCACCCAAAUUUUCCUGACAAAUAUGAAGAGCACCACCGACCACAGCUACAGAAAGGAGUUGUAAUAAAACAUAAUGCGAAUCAGCGCUAUGCAACCAGUGGUUUAACUGCAUUUCUUUUUACAGAAGUAGCAAAUCUCCAUGACCUUCCAGUUCAGGAAUUUGCGGUAAGAAACGAUAUGGGAUGUGGAUCUACAAUUGGCCCUAUAUUGGCAUCAGGAGUUGGUAUCCGAACUGUUGACUGUGGUAUUCCUCAGCUCUCAAUGCACAGUGUUAGGGAGAUAUGUGGCAAAGAAGAUGUGGAUAUUGCAUAUAAGCUUUUCACUGCCUUCUUCAGAUCGUUUUCAGACAUCGACAAGAAGCUAAUUGUGGACUUUUAGGUUUAGACUUCUUUGCUUCCUCAAGUCCUCUUUACGACUUUACCUUAUUAUUAUACGGUCCAAUUGAUAACCUCAUGAUCUUCGAUUUUACUAUUUAACAUAAACCUCGAAUUUAGCCAUAGGAACAACUCACUAUGAAUCCCAAGAAUUUUACAUUGAAUUAGAUCAGUUUACAUUGGUUCGUUUCAAAACACAUCGUGUUCAGCAAAUAAUGUCGUAUAAAUUGUUGGAAUUGCUGCGUUUUGGAUU